UGAGACCUAAAAAAAAGAAAAAAAGAACGUGAAGGGAAUUUUAUUUUCAUUUCCCUCAUUCCCACCCGCAUCCCUCGGGCGGCAGAGACAGCUCACCCCCGUCGCUUCCAAAGACAACAUGAUCACCACCACCAACAACAAACUCUCCCACCCUUUUCAUCCCCUCCGCUAACGUGCGCCUCUAAGGCGUCGUUUAACGUAUUUACCUUAACAUGCGCUCAACCACCAUCAACACCACCCUUCUCCGUCCAGUGGCGGAGCCUCCGAAACCCGUCUCGUCCCCCGACAACGACGCUGGUGCAGCCUUCGUCCUCGAAUCCAAAGGGCAAUGGUGGCACGCCGGGUUUCAUCUGACGACGGCGAUAGUGGGGCCCACGAUCCUGACCCUACCGUACGCGUUCAGAGGGCUUGGAUGGGUGCUUGGGUUGCUGUGCCUGACGAUCAUGGGGAUCGUUACCUUCUAUGCGUAUUAUCUCAUGUCCAAGGUGCUCGACCACUGUGAGAAAGCUGGUCGCCGCCACAUCCGAUUUCGCGAACUCGCCGCCGACGUCCUAGGUUCAGGAUGGAUGUUUUACUUUGUGAUAUUUAUUCAGACGGCCAUAAAUACUGGGGUUGGAAUAGGAGCAAUUUUGCUUUCUGGACAAUGCCUUCAGAUUAUGUAUGAAGAGAUUUCCCCAGACGGGCCUCUGAAAUUAUACGAGUUCAUAGCAAUGGUGACAGUGAUCAUGAUAGUCCUGUCUCAGCUUCCUAGCUUCCACUCCCUUAGACAUAUCAACUUGGGCUCACUGGUUCUCAGCUUGGGCUACUCCUUCCUUGUGGUUGGUGCUUGUAUCAGUGCAGGUACUUCAAAAAACGCCCCACCAAGGGACUAUUCCUUAGAAUCUUCAAGCUCAUCCCGGGCUUUCAGUGCCUUCAGUUCCAUCUCCAUAUUAGCCGCCAUUUUUGGGAACGGGAUACUACCUGAAAUACAAGCUACUCUGGCUCCACCUGCUACUGGGAAGAUGGUAAAAGGCCUUUUGAUGUGUUACUCAGUGAUUUUCAUCACCUUCUACUCAACUGCUGUAUCCGGUUACUGGGUUUUUGGGAACAAGUCUAAUUCGAACAUUCUCGAGAGCCUAAUGCCGGAUGAAGGACCUGCUUUGGCUCCAACAUGGGUUCUUGGACUUGCAGUUAUCUUUGUUCUCCUUCAGCUCUUUGCCAUUGGCCUGGUAUAUUCCCAAGUUGCGUAUGAGAUCAUGGAGAAGAAAUCAGCAGACGCCGACCAAGGGAUGUUUUCGAAAAGAAACCUCGUUCCUCGGCUAAUUCUUCGAACGUUGUACAUGGCGCUCUGCGGAUUCUUUGCAGCAAUGCUUCCGUUCUUCGGAGACAUAACUAGUGUGGUAGGAGCUAUUGGGUUCAUCCCUUUAGAUUUCAUCCUCCCAAUGCUUCUCUACAACAAGACUCACAAGCCUCCAAGAUCAUCCUUCACCUAUUUGAUCAACAUCUCUAUCAUCUUUGUGUUCACAGGAGUAGGAAUAGUGGGUGCAUUCUCUUCUCUGCGGAAAUUGAUUCUUGACGCCUAUAAGUUCAAACUCUUUAGCAGUGAUGUGGUUGACUAGGCUUCUACAUAAAUACCAAUAUACAUAUAAUAGUUUCUUUUCUUUAGUAGGAAGAAACUUCAAUCUUAAUGGCAUUUUAGAAUCUUACAGAACAAAAUACUUGUGUUAUACAGCAAGAAUCAUUCCUAUCUUAUUAACGAAAGAAGGGAAAAAAAAGAAAAAAGAACAAAAAAAGACCCUAUGAUCUCGAACCGAUCUUACUCAA